AUGCAAAAUGUUUUGAACUGAAAAACAAUCUCUGAAGUUGACAAGUGAGAGAACAUACCAGCAGCUGCUGCUGUACUAGCUCCUCAACUCGAUCUAAACACUGCCCUGCAAGAGGUGCUCAAGACUUCGAUUACCUCCCAGGACGGCCUCGUCAAGGGCCUGCACCAGUCCGCAAAGGCGCUCGACAAGCGUGAAGCCCUUCUCUGCAUCCUCGCGUCGAACUGCGACGAGCCGGCGUACGUGAAGCUGGUGGAGGCCCUCUGCGCCGAGCACAGCAUCGACCUGAUAAAGGUGGACGACAACAAGCUGCUCGGAGAGUGGGCCGGCAUGUGCAAGAUCGACAAGGAGGGCAAGGCGCGCAAGGUGGUCGGCUGCUCCUGCAUCGUCGUCAAGGACUGGGUGGAGGAGACGCCCGGUCUCAACUACCUGAAGCAGUACCUCAGCGAGAAGAGGGCCGCCAAAGCCUAA